AUCUCUGACCGACCUCGUAAACUCAGUUUCUCGCAGGGGUUAAUUGGUUGGUCAAUUGGCUGAUUAAAACAUGCUCAAAGCGACUAUCUAAACGAUCUUUUCAAGGGAACAUCGCAGCCCCUCAAAAUGAAGGGACUUUUCCUUGUGGAGCCAGUGGUUGCACUGUACGCUUUCUCCAGUUUUCUCAUCUACCCUCUUGUACAGCAGUAUGUGUACCGGAGGCUCUGGCAGCAGCUGACAAACACCACUUAUCCCAUCUCUGGUGACACCUCCAGAUGUGCAGGAAACAGCAGCAGCAACCAGUCCAGCUACCAUGAGGAGGUCCAGAGGCAGGCAUCUCUCUUCUCCCUUUACUCAGACCUCCUGUCCACAAUCCCCUCUUUGAUUGUCACUCUACUGCUCGUGGCCUACAGUGACCGGGGAGGACGCAAGAUCACAAUCAUCAUGCCGUUGAUCGGCUCAUUGAUCUACUCCUUGUCCUUCCUGACUGUGUCUUACUUCGAGCUCAAUGUUUACUUGCUCGUCGGCUCCUCGCUUCUCAGUUCUUUGUUUGGCGGCUUGGGGACAUUCCUUGGCGGCUGUUACGCUUACAUAGCAGACUUGUGUGAGGACGGUCACCAGAAGACGCUGCGUAUGGCCGGAGUGGACAUGAUGAUUGGCCUGUUGUCUGGGGUGGCAGCAGUAUCAACAGGCUACUUUUUGAGAGCUUUAGGCUUCAACUGGCCUUUCCUAACCGCUGCACUGUGUCAGUGUGUGAUCCUGCUCUAUGCAAUUUUCAUCCUGGAAGAGACUGUGAAAAAGGCUCCCGCUGAUGCCGUUAUUCUUAACGGGCCUCCUCAGAACUCAGCCACAAAACACAUGAUCUAUGGGGUCUACAACAUGUUUGCAAGGGCCAGCCCAAAGUGCAGAACGGUCUUGGUCCUCCUCAUACUCACCUUCAUCAGCUUCUCUUUUGCCUGGGGGGGGACCUCCUUGUUUACGCUAUAUGAGCUGAACAAGCCGCUGUGCUGGACUGAGAUUCUGAUCGGCUACGGCGCGGCACUGUCCACCACUGUGUUCCUGGCCAGCUUUAUGGGAGUGUCAGCGCUGACGUACUGUGGUGUGCCACAGCUGCUCAUUGUCAUGAUGGGGAUCCUGUCCGUCAUAUCAGGCAUGGUCAUGCUGCCAUUUGUGAAGACCACUUUACUGAUGUUUUUAGUGAGGGUGCCAAUGCUGCUGUCUAUCAUGCCUUUCCCUGUUCUACGCUCCAUGAUGUCAAAGAUCGUCUCAAAGUCUGAGCAGGGCGCCCUGUUUGCCUGUCUUUCCUUCCUGGAUAGUUUAACUGCCAAUGUAGCGAGCGCCGUCUUCAACAGCAUCUACGCUGCUACGGUGGCAUGGUACCCUGGCUUCGCCUUCCUGGUGUCUGCAGGAGUCUGUGCCAUCCCUUUGUUUGUCCUAGGGGUGGUGGGUCUGAUCGGAGUCGAUGUUGGCGAAGAGGACAAAAAUCAAGAGCGUGUCUACACUGUGGAGGAGGAUUUUGCUGAAAAUCAGAAUGACAGCAGCCCUAUUCUUGCAUGAGCCAUGUGGACGGCAAAAAAAUCACCAACAUCUUGUUGGUUUCGCUAGUGAUUUAUAUUAAGACACUUUUCCCGUAAGUACCUCAGUAAAUCUUCUUCCCAGUCUCAAGCUAGUACUGCAGUUUGCAGAUAUAUCUCUAGGGUUUUAUUGCUUUGGUUUUUACUAUUGAACUUGAAUAUUAUGACGAUACAACAGGGAAUUGUAGGUAAAACAUUUUUUUUAAUUUUUGCUUUUUACAGGCACAUUGUUAGUAUAGAUACAUGUCAAGAUUGUAGCAUAAACAGGAUAUGAAGCAGGAAUGGGAUGUUUACAUGCAUCCAAUCUUACAGGACUUCCAUAAAGAAUGGAAUCAUCAUACAAUAUAUGUACCUCUAAAUGGGCUGACUUUGACAUUACUAACACAUUCAAAUUUUUUUUGAAUAAGCAUAAAAGGCAAUAACUGUCCAGAUUACUUAGAAUAGAAGCCCAUGGAUUGGCUGACAGACUGAAAAGCAUUUGAGGCACUUUGAGGAAUUUUAAAUGAAAAUGGCAGAAAGUGCCAUUAAUAAAGCAUUAAUAUUGCCCACCCAAAGAAACCACAUGCAAGACAUGACUGAAAAUAAUAGAAAAAAUGUAAACAUGUACUGUUGCACACUGACAAAUAUAUUGGCAGAAAAGAAAAAAGAAAAAAAAUCAAGGUCAACCUGACAGUAACCGUGGAAAAAAAGUGCUAAGAUGCUGUUACAGCCUCACACAUGUAAUGAUAGAAAUGAAAUAUACAAUAACAAAUAAGUAAAUUAAGGACUACUUGACAUAAAAUGAUACAAUAGUGUGGACAGACAGGAACUUCAUAGAGCCCAAAUUGUGAAACUACUCAUAAUGGAUAACCCUCAGUAAUUCUUGCACAAAGACACAACAUAAUAUGAAAUACUUAAAGGACGGUAUAAUGAUGGUAUACAGGUCAAAACUGCAGGUCAGAACUGUAUCAUGUAACAUCAUAGUAUAGCAUAGCAGCAAAGUGUUCCUCAGGAAACUGCAGAAAAACUACAUGAAUGCUCAGUCACAUAAUUAACAUCGCAGGAAGGGAGAAAGUCAAAAAGAUUUUAUGUGUUUUGAUACAAUUUUACAGUGUGAUUGAUUUGCAGUUCAUUUGUUUAUAGAGUUUCGAUUAUGCAAACUGAUUUAGAUCUUUCCACCUUUUGUCGCUUUUUUAAGUGCAAUGUUAGUGAAUGCCUUUAUGAAGAGCUUUAGUUAGUUAUAUCUGAGAUAAAAUGUCAUGUAACGCGCCAAAUAUUGCAAUGUAAGACAAAUCUACUUUACUAUAUUAAGUUGCUAAUAUCUUUUAAACAAAUCCACAAUUAAGAUAUAUUUUAUUCACUACAACCCCCAUUUAGUAAUGUAAAAGUAAACAAAUACUCUAAUAUAAAUUUGGUACUGUGCAAUCCCCAGAGGGAAGAGGCUUUAACAGCUUUAAAAUGGUUGUCUCCCAAACUUAAUGUGUGGUGAUCUCAGGGAUGAUAAGGAAGACCCAACAAUUAAAAAUUUAUUAGUGGGUUCUCUGAGCCAGAAUGAAGGUUGGAGUUAAAUAUACAAUAAAAAAAUAUUUUGGUUUAUCAGCCACGUUGUGCCACAAUGACUGAGUUAAAAUAGGAUGACAUUUUAGGUUUGGUUUUUGGAUGGACCACCCUGGUAUGACUGGAAAGACAGAGAUUAUUGGUAGUUAGUAGUUAGUAAUUAAUAGUUUGUGUUCUUCUCUUUUUGCCUUAAAAAAUGUUAUUUUGCAAGUGCCAAUAAUUAAGCAAAACAAUUUUUUUUACUUGUGGUAUCUAUGUGUGUGAUCCUUUUCUUUUUUGUGUGUAUUUUUAUGGAUGUAUGUUAUAUGUAGGUACAAUAGAAAAAUAAAAUGGUUUUCUACGAAUACUGCAGAAGACCAUCAGCAAGACUAAAUUUUAUUGUUGUCACUUUAAGUCUUCCUCUUGGGAAAAUCACCACUAAUGGAUAUUUAUGUUCUGUGUCUAAUAUAGCAAUAACAUGCUCAAAUAUUGUCAAAGAACAUUUCCUUGUGAAAAAUAGGUGUUUUUACAGGAAGCUCUUUAUCUUGAGUGAAAGUCCUCAGUAAUCAGAUGUCUAGCAAGUAAAAAAUAUGAAGACUUUAUUAUUGUGUCUAAUGUUGGAUUUGGGAUGUAAAAAUUAAGAAAAAGGAUAACAUCAGGAAAUAAAAUUAAACCUUGAAUAUUAAACAUCAACAUGAAUGUUAAAUGGUGAAGUAAAUCCUGCUUUGCUGGCAAAGAUCUGUCACAAUAAAGCUUUUGUUUUCAUCUUGCUA